AUGACGCAAGGUUUGGGAAAGAGAGAGCGAAGGAAGAGUCUGGGUGCGUUUGGCCCGCUGUCAACGACUUCCAAUCCUGGUCCGAUCCCACUCGAUCAUUCUACAACUCACGAUCCAAAUGUCCUGAAGAAGAAGCAGCGGCGUAAUUCGGGAUUCUUUGGAGCCCGGAACCCCAGUCCAGUCGAAGCUCCCACCGGCCACCGCGGCCCUGGAACCGCAACCCCAGUCAGGGUGGCCUCAUCGCCCGCCCUCGACGCUACCCCCCGGGGCCGUCAAAGACCACUUCAAAAGCGACGGAAUUCAGUUUUCGGCUCGCUUCGGUCGCUCCAUUCACUAGAGGAUGAUGACCCGGCUCGGUAUUCUGUGGACGGUGAUGAUGGCCAUGGGGUUGGAUCGAUUCUUUUACACCAUGGCGAGGUUCAGAUAACUGGAGGGGUGUGGAGGAAGAAGAGCCAGUACCUUGUUCUAACCGAUACACAUCUCGUUCGGUUCAAAAGUCUGAACAAAGCGCUAGAAAUGUUCCCCUCCAUCCCUCCGUCAAUGGCUCGAGCAUCCGCCAACCGACAAUCAAUCGCCUCUAUCAGCUCCCUACAAGAUCCGCAGCUCGGCGCCAUGGGUGAUGCGUCCACAGGCAUUCCGCUGAGCAGCAUUGUUGCAGUCUACAUGCUUGAUGAUGGAAAGCCGUCGUCUUCGGUAGAAGUGGCAUAUAUGGACGAACGAACCCAAAAGACCACUUUUAUCCAAAUGCAGACCCCGGACCUUCAGGAACUUAACCUCUGGAUGGUGGGAAUUCGAUCAGCUGCUGAAAUGACUCGCAGCACGGCCCCUAUGCCCUUUGACCCCAGGGCAUUGGACUGCGUUGUCAGGAUGCUAGAGCACGAACGCGAUUAUGAUCCUGAGAACUUUCGUAUGUUUCGAGUCAUUCAGAUGGCAUCCAGCAAGUCCCCGACGCGGGCGUCGUCGGACGAGCUCACCAAACUGUCACCCACUGGAUGCUAUCUUGCCCUCGGAUUGCACAAGCUCCAUUUGGUCGCACUGCACAAGUUUUCUACGCGCAGCUCUACGACGUCUCUAACCGACCUGGACACCGCAACAUCUUUUGGCCUCAUGAAUUUGAGCUGCUUGUCGAUGGAGUGGGGUGACGAUAGUCUGCACUUGACUUUUCGGGUUCCCCUCCAAAAGCCAUGCUCAAUAUUCUUAGCAUCUGUCCACUCGCUUGAAAUCGCAUUUUGGAUCAGGCAACAGACCGAAUUUUUGCGCCCACUCUGGCUCAAACAGCCCUAUGAUUUUAUUGUACCCCGUGAUCUCAAUAACGAGAACAACUUCCCCCCAGUCUGCCUUGACGAGGAUUAUGGUUGCUUCGAUCGAACUUUGGUCGCCUACUGCGCUAGUUAUGACAUUGAUACCUCCAACAUUCGAUAUACUAUCGAUACACAAUGCGACGAUGCGCCGUGCUUCAAAUUAUUACGGCCAGCUUCACCUCUUCAAAGUAAAUAUACCGCCUUGGAGCUUAUCGCGCUCAUGCGAACAUUGAGAUAUAAUGAGUCAUUUCGGUCGGUUUCUUUCAAUGGGGUCAGCCUGGAUGCAAUUCAAAGCCUGCGGGAUAUUUAUGGGAAUGAUAAAGACGCGCUGUUGACCCGUGCGGAUGCUCAAAUUCACGUUCCAGGACAGGAGAACUUGUCUGUCCUGUCACAGGAAAUUCGGGCACUGAGCGUGAAAAGCAAGUGGCUCCGCCGUUUUGACUUUUCAUAUACUCUCAGCAGAACACCCAAGUCUGACAGUGAUAGUCAUGACCCAGGCUGUGGGAUUCCCGAGGCCAUUUUCCCUAUUUGUCGGCGAGAACUCACCAAUGUUGAUUGGGUCAUUCUGAAUGGUAUAAAACUUGGCGAUUCCGAUCUUGACUACCUCGUCGAUGCGGCUUCCCAGCGAGGAAGUCAUUUCCGAGCGCUAGAGGUGGGAAAUUGCGGUCUAUCUGUCCAUGAUAUUGAUCUUCUUCUUUCCACUACUGUCGCUCAGGUCUCGAGCCUCGAAGCAUUGAAUAUCUCUGGUGUACAAGGUCGCAUAAAACCCGAUAUGCUACAGCAGUACCUUGGUUAUUUCAGCCAGCUCAAGAAGCUUGACUUAUCGCGCAUCUCAAGGACCUCGGGUCCUGAGCCGCUUAUCACAGCUCAAAAUUUGUUCAAUUGGCGGCUCGAAGAGCUCUGCCUUAGCCAAACCCCUGUCAACAGAGAGACCGUUGAUGCCAUCGCCACCUACCUUGCGAGUGAUCGUUCCGAAUGCCUACAGGUUAUCCGACUCGAUCAAUGCGGACUCACUGGGCAGGAUGUAGCCAUUUUCAUGCACUCAUUGGCGGUAGUCGCGCAUGGCCGUGAUGUCCAUCUCCACGUUAAUGACAACCGGCUAGAUCUUGGCAUUUCUUACCUUUGCGAUGCCAUUGCUCAGAAUAAAACCCCGUCUCAUUUAUCGAUGAGGAUGGUUGAUUUCAAGAAAGAGAAGCAAUUUCAGGAUUUGGCGGAGGCUCUACGCAAGAAUCACACUCUGAGAUAUCUUGAUAUCUCGAAAGCAUCUCUUCCGUACGAUGCCGGGCCAGAGACAUGCAAGUCGCUGCAGCUGAUGUUUGAAGAGAACGACACCCUGGAGGACCUGGAUAUUAGUGGUGAUAGCGCUCCCCUGGAUAUGGCAAGGUUCGGGAUUGGCCUCAACCUGGCUUUGACUGGUUUGAAAAAGAACAACUCGUUGAAGGUGCUGAGGAUCGAACACCAGAAACUCGGACUACAAGGCGCAAACACCCUAGCUUCCGUGUUGGAAAACAAUACCAGCCUACAUGAGGUUCAUUGUGAAAAUAAUGACAUCAACCUCCAGUCAUUCACGGUUCUGGUUAACGGACUUCAAAAAAAUCGGUCUUUGAUAAGCCUAUCAUGUAUGGACCGCGAUAGAGCCAGGUCACUCGACAAAGUACGCCGAGAGAUUGCAAAUGUGAAAAGGGAAUUGAGUGCCUCUCAGCACCCGACGACGAGUUCUCUACGUCGAUCAUUGCACGCUGCGAUCAAUGUCAAGAAUAUUUCUGUCAGUAGUAAACUGGCCAAGCACUCGCAUUCUUAUGGUCAUAUCCGUGCUACUGCAAGCUCACUUUCGGCUGUUGACUCUAGGCCACCCAUGGACGACCAAGUGGAAGCUAUCCUCCAGUCGUUGAGUUCAAAAUGGGACGCAGAAGUCUCUCGUCUGCGCCGAUACCUCUUCAGAAACUUCAACCUAGUUAACGGUAUAAGCGAUGAUGAAAUUGGUAUCGCUGGCGAUGAUGCCGCUAGUGAUGGACGCCCUGCAACUGCUGCAAGUCUUGGGACCAUGCUGGAACAACUCAAGCUUGAUGUGGCACUAACUACAAAUGAAAUCCAAUCGACCACGUCGCAGACACCGUCACAGGCCAGCGGGGCGGAUAAGAGCCCACAUCUGGAGAUAUUCCAAAGCCUUGAUACAGAGAAUAACCUGGAUGACGAGCUACAGAAAUCACCAUAUCUAUCGCCCUAUUCAGGUCACGCUUCUCAAGCUCUGCCGUCAGACUAUGCUGCUUCAAUUGCGUCGGCCCGCUCUGCUCUUCCAGUUCCGAUGAUGCCAUCCGUUGUGAGCAAGUCUAGCAGUAUCCGCAGCGCUCGUACCUCGAGCAGUGUUUCCACGAGUACCGGCACAGGCGUAAGCGCAAGGAGCGCAUAUGGAACCGCGUCCUCAACGCUGAGAGGCUUCCUCUCAUCGAGAGAACGGAAGAAGAUGGAUACGAUGAAAUCUGGAACUGUGUGUGUAUCUGGAGAUAGACCACCAACUUUAGAUUGGUCCCCGCCUCACUUUGAUCUAAGUGACUUCCGCUAG